AUGGCUGAUCACUUUGAAGGUGCAAUCUCUCUCUCAAGAGAACUGUCUCACACCUCUGAUGACUCCUCCUCCGAGCAUAGCCCAAGAAGUGUCCCUACAUUCUCCACCACUCCUGUGUCCACCGACUCUCCAUCAAGGUUUGGUGGACCCUGCAACAAUACCUCUCCUGAUGAUCAGCACCACCAGCACAAGGACAUCAGAAUCCAAUCAGUUCAGAUUCAGAGAAAGCCACGAGGUAGACCACCUGGCUCGAAAAACAGGCCCAAACCACCCAUUAUCAUCACCAAAGACUGCGAGUCCUCCAUGAAACCAGUCAUCCUCGAGAUCUCCGCUGGUUCUGAUAUAAUCGAAACUAUAAUCAACUUUGCUCGUAGAAACCAUGCGGGCAUAAGUGUAAUGAGUGCAAAUGGGUCUGUAUCUAAUGUUACUCUUAGCCACCCAGUUUCUCAUGCUCCUUCUCUAUCUUUACAUGGACCCUUUAACUUGCUUGCACUGUUUGGCUCUUUUGUUGGUUCUUUUGCAUCGAAUAAAGUACCAUGCGCUUCUUCCUCUUCUUCUCCUGGUUCUGUGUAUUCUUGCUCUUCUUUUGGGAUAUCUCUUGCAGGGGCACAAGGGCAGGUUUUUGGAGGGAUAGUGGCUGGAAAGGUGAUAGCUGCAAAUCAAGUUGUGGUGGUGGCUGCUACUUUCGUGAACCCUACGUUUCACAAGCUACCAUGUGAGAACGAUAAGGAUGAUCAAGAGACUAAACCUAGUAAUGUUGGUGGUGGUGGUACCGCAAGUGAGUCUUGUUUUAGCACUGGCAUGUCCAUGACUGUUUAUGGCUUGGCUAAUCCAACCCCAGUCAAUUGCCAGAUGUCUCCUCCUGAUAUUGUGCACUGGCCUGGCCCUUCCUCGCGUCCAUCAUAUUAG